UAAAAUUUGUGGUUGUCUGAGACAGGUGGACUGUGGUCGACAAGGAUAGUCGAAACUCAGUUUUUUAAGCCAUGGAUUUCAAAAUACGCGCUGCAACAAAAGAAGACUGCAAAGACGUAUCGAGAAUGAUAAUGGAGCUGGCGGUUUAUGAAAAAAUGCCAGAUCAAGUGAAGAUAUCGCAUGAAGAACUGGAGCGUGACGGUUUCUGCCAGAAUCCCUUCUUUGAAUGUCUCGUCGCAGAAGUACCCGAGGGGCAUAAAUCAGAAGGAGGAUUCACAGUUGUGGGAUACGCCCUUUACUUUUACACUUACAGUACAUGGAAGGGACGAUCAGUAUAUUUGGAGGAUCUGUAUGUAAUGCCAGAAUUCAGAGGAAAUGGCAUUGGGAAAGGUUUACUGAGCAAAGUUGCUGAGGUGGGUAAAAAGAAGCAGUGCGUGCGGUUGCAGUUGUCCGUGUUGAACUGGAAUACUCCCACUCGAGAUUUCUAUGCUGCCAAAGGAGCUCAGGACCUCACCGUCAGUGAAGGCUGGCACUUUAUACGGUUUGAUGGGCAGAACCUGGACAAUUUAGCAAAUGAAGCACCGAAAGAUUAGUCGUUUUUCUAAGGAAAAUAAUCAUUGGAUCUGUCUGGUUUUUCUGCUGGAAACGUUCACCCUUUGUAGCCCAAUGCCAAAAUAAGCUUCACUGUAGCUUCACUAGACUUUCUCACAGUUUAACAUGAUUUUAUCCUAAUUUAAAGCCAAUCAUACCCACUAGGACCUACAUAUGAUUUAUAAAUAUAAUAUCCUAAUUUCAUUAAAUUACAUUUGAACUUAUGAUGAAAGUAGACACAGCCCAACCCUGAAAUGUUUAAAAUCUAUGGGAUCAGAUGAUGCUGGGUUAAGACUUUGGCUUCCCAGCAGCACAAUGCAGUCUGACCUGAAUAAACCCAGUCCCAGAUGUGACACCAUAUCUUUCCAGCAGGUGGCAUGUUGAACUCGCUUUUCCCCCCACUUAAUAAUUCUGCUUGGUCUGUACACUGAUGCCUAUGACAAUCUACACGAGGUAGACUCAAAGUCAGAGGCAUGUACAUGAUUUCAUUUGUCAACUCAAGUGUGACUGAGCUGUCAGGGAAUGCAGUGACUAAAUGGGACAUACAGUCAGUUUUCUGUUUGUUAAUGGAGUCAAAGGAAAGGAUGAUGUGCAAACAAGCUCUGUAACCCAAAACUCCUUUAUUUGUACACAAGAACUGGUGUUAUAUAUUUUUUAUAAGUAAUAUUGCUCAACAACUGUGUUUUUCACACUUUAACAAAAAUCAUAAUCCUUCAUCAAAAUUCUCAAGGUUUACUGCAAACUAAAAUGAUAUUUAAUUGCAUAUAAAACAUCACACAUCUCAACCACAGGAACAUGUGUACUAUUGCCCAUAAGAAAACUAUGACAUUACAUUUAAUAUGCAAUAAACACA